GAGCAGCAAGAGGCAGCCAACUUUUGAAGAGGUGUUGUUGAAUUCACAAAUGCUGAAACAGGAUGAGCGGACUGGAAAUGUGGACUUACAUGCUUGUGGUCACUGGGUAUGGAAUGAUGAAAUGCAAAGACUGGAGUUUGUCAGUGGGUCCAAUCCAAAAGUGGAAGGUUCCUUGAAGAAAAGAAGGGAAACCGGUGUCAGUUUCAGUGAUCUUCACAAGCGACCUGAGGGGUUGGCUCAGUUCGCCACAUUGUACGGUAGGGGGCGCCAGAGCAUCAGGAAGACACUGAGCCCUUCCCAUCUGAAUGCCUACAGGUCCUCACUGAUGCAGAGGCAGGGGGUCCACGUCACCACUGAUGAUGUCAAACAGGUGGCUGUCAGUUUGCUGCAGGAGAAUUAUUCCCUUCCCAUUCCAUCCUGUUUCAUGGCAGUAUUGAAGAGUAAAAAGCUGGAUGAACUCACGGCUGCCCUGCUGCUCUAUCUGUCCUGUUACUUUGAGCUCAAGUCUCUGGAGAAUAAACCUAAGCCCCUCAUGGCUGAACCGAGCAUGACUGAGCGCCAGAUGAUGGCGAAGACGUCAGCCAAGGUGGAGAUGGCUCAGAAGAAGCUAGCAGUCUGCUACUUCAGUUUGGUCAUGGGCCCAGAAAUGGCACUGCACCAAAACAAGUCUGGCCACAAGAGCUGGGUGUCGUCAACCUACAAAGAACUGCUGCUACAUGAGUGCUUGUACAGGUUCAUCUGCUAUGUGGGCUGGGUGACAUUUGGCAGGAAACACCUGAGGGUCAUCCAAGAGGAGGUGGGGCGCCUGUUGCACUCUGACACCUUCAACAGUGCACCAAGGAACAGGACCGAUCGCAACUCAGGAGAGACCCGGCCCACCCAUGACGGUUCAGUGGACACCGGACAAACUGACCCCAAGGAGCGGGGAUGUAAAGGAAAGUCCCAGAGGCGCCCCGGCCUCAGCAGCAUAGUGACUCAGCGUUCCCCACUGAUGGUGUCCCUGUUGCCCUUGCCUAAAGAACAGUCCCCCCAUCUGUUCCUGGGCAUCAAGGCCAGGAGGCAGAGCCCACCGCCAGCCGAGCUCUGUGACACCAACACCCUGAUGGAGGAGCUCGACCAGCAGCUGGCCAGUGUCAGCUUUGGGAUUCUUGGCCAGCCAUUGAAACAGUUCAGCUGCACUACGCUGCUACCCAAAGGAAGAAAGAAAAAAGAUGGGAAUGUGGAAGAUGAUGAGGAUGAGGCUGAUGAGGACGAGGAUGAUGAUGCUGAAGACAAUAACAAUGAGCAUUCCUGCAUCCGUGUUCAAGGUAGCAAGUCGUCCCUCAUGAGAUGCAAGUCGACUGGUGUUGACAGACAUGGCAAGACCAGCCGCACCAACACUGGCAUCUCCAGAGCGACGACCGAGGCAGUGACCUCAGAUACUGAAUGA